AUGAAGCAGCAAGCUUAAGAUUCCAUAACUACCCAUUCUUCCCUUGAGGAAUAUUUAGCUAAUAAUUAUCCUUUAUGCAAAUAGAGCAAUGCCUGACUGAAGACUUUCAUUCAUUCCAACGUGCAAAAACAGAGCUGAACAUUCCUGUCAAAAAGCUAUCCAGGAACACAUACAUGAAGUAAACACUGGGACAAUGGAAAGACCACUUGAGGCUACCAGGAUGGAAAACAGCACCUCUUCCUCCUUUCUCAUGGAAAGAAAGACUCAUGUCAAGAUUAAUAGGAAAGAAGUCAUGCUAGCUAAGCUGAGGAAGAGCUGCUCCUGCACCCCAAAGAAGCUGAAGAACUUUGUCAUGGACUUCCUUCCUGUUUUACGAUGGCUUCCCAAGUACCAGUGCAAAGAGUACAUUUGGGGGGAUGUUAUGUCUGGGUUAGUGAUUGGGAUCAUUUUGGUGCCCCAAGCAAUCGCAUACUCACUGCUGGCAGGUCUGAAGCCCAUUUACAGUCUUUACACAUCAUUCUUUGCCAACAUAAUCUAUUUCUUAAUGGGCACAUCCCGUCACGUCUCAGUUGGCAUUUUCAGCUUGAUAAGCUUAAUGGUAGGACAAGUUGUGGACCGAGAACUUCUCUUGGCUGGGUUUGACUUGAAUGAUGAUGCCCCACCAGCCUUGGGUGACAGCUCUCUGCAGAAUGACAGUCAGUCCAACACAACUGCCUUCAACCUUACAAUUGCGGGGAUGAAUGCUGAGUGUGGGAAAGAAUGCUACGCUAUUGGCAUUGCUACAGCCUUGACAUUUGUGGCUGGAGUGUAUCAGGUUCUAAUGGGAAUCUUUCGUCUGGGUUUCGUAUCUAUGUACCUAUCCGAGUCUGUACUAGAUGGCUUUGCAACUGGUGCUUCCUUAACCAUUUUAACAGCUCAAGUGAAGUAUCUGAUUGGAAUAAAAAUCCCACGUAGCCAAGGGCAUGGGAUGCUGGUUAUUACCUGGAUUAACAUUUUCCGGAACAUUACUCAUGCUAACCUUUGUGAUGUCAUCACAAGUGCCAUUUGUAUUGUGGUGCUGGUCACUGCUAAGGAACUGGGAGAUCGGUAUAAGCAUAAGCUGAAAUUUCCUCUUCCCACAGAGCUGGUAGUUAUUGUAGUGGCAACACUGGUGUCCCACUAUGGUAAGUUAAAUGAAGUGUAUGCAUCCAGUGUUUCUGGAGCUAUUCCAACAGGAUUUAUUCCCCCCAAGGUACCACAUUUCAACUUAAUGCUCCGAGUAGCUGUAGAUGCUUUGCCUCUUGCCAUUGUCAGCUUUGUCUUCACUGUAUCCCUUUCUGAAAUGUGUGCAAAGAAAUAUGCUUACACUAUCCGAGCCAAUCAGGAAAUGUUUGCUGUGGGGUUCUGCAACAUCAUUCCUUCUUUCUUCCACUCUUUUGCAACCAGUGCAGCUCUGGCAAAAACACUUGUCAAAACAUCUACAGGUUGCCAGACUCAGGUCUCUGGAGUAAUUAGUGCAAUGGUGGUUUUGCUGGUUCUGCUCUUCCUGGCACCUCUCUUUUACUCCUUGCAGAAGUGUGUCCUGGCUUGUAUCAUCAUUGUCAGCCUCCGGGGAGCCCUGAGGAAGUUUCGAGAUGUGCCAGCACGGUACCAUGUAAAUAAGGUGGACACACUUGUUUGGGUUAUUACCAUGUCUGCCUCUGCCUUGAUCAGCACAGAAAUAGGGCUGUUGGUUGGUAUUGUUUUCUCCAUGUUAUGCAUCAUUGUUCGGACACAGAGGCCACACACAGCCCUGCUCGGUCAGAUCCAAGACACCACCUUUUAUGAGGAUGACUUAGAAUAUGAAAAUCUCUCUUCUGUUCCAAAGGUCAAAAUAUUCCGUUUUGAGGCCCCACUUUACUAUGCAAAUAGAAACUACUUCCUAAAGUCUCUGUACAGAUUGACUAACUUAGAUCCUAACCUAGAAGCUGCUAGAAGGAAGAAAUAUGAGAAGAAGGAAAAGCAGCAUCUGAAAAAAGGAGAUCACACAACUGCUAAUGGACUGGGCAUUGGAGAAAACACUCUGCAAUUAGUUCCUAAGCAAACUGAUUUCCAAACCCUUGUUGUAGAUUGCUCUUCCAUCCCAUUUUUGGACACCACUGGAGUUAACACUCUAAAGGAAAUCCUGAAAGACUACAAGGACUUAAACAUUUCUGUUCUCCUGGCUUGCUGCAAUCCCUCAGUGAUAGACUCUCUGAAAAGAGGAGGUUACUUUGGGAAAGAUUUUGGAAAUAUGCAGGAAAUGCUGUUCUACAGUAUACAUAAUGCUGUGCAGUUUGCAAAAGACCAAAAGUUUUCUGCAGAUUGCUCAGUUUAAUCCUGUGUCUUCCUUGACAAUUCACUACAAAAGUGACAGAUGGGGAGGGGCAGUUUGCAAUAAUUAAAUUAUCAGACACACUGUUAGCUGUGUGUACAGCAAUGGGCCUACAAGCCAUUCUCCCCUGAGGAGCUCUGCUCUUUGUCAGAUGCCACAUAGAAUAGCCACUGAGGAUGCAGUCCAGGACCAGGAUGGAACAGAUUGGAUUACUACCCGCACCUUCACUUUAAAAUGCAGGUGAUGUGCAAUAGUGCGGUUUGGGAUUGACUUCCCCCUUGUGCCAUGAUCAUGUGUGACCCAACAAACACAUCAUGAGACUCAUGCUGGAAGGUCUGCCCAGUGUCAGCUCACUCUCCCAGUGGUUAAACAGCUGGUUUGUGUCAAGAGGGCUAAGCUGUCUCCAUGAAAACGCAACCAAUCUAGCAUGUCAGACACAAAGGUUUAAAUUCUGGCUUGCAAGGCCCUGGCCCUUCCAUCAUUCUAGGUGUCCUCCUAAACAACUCCCGCUAUCUGCAUACAAAUAAAAGGGAUAAAAUAUUGUGGAAUGUAGCGUAUCUCUCCAUCUUGAUUACACAGGCUUAAUGACACAACCUGCCACAGAAGUAACCGUGAUCCAUCACAGGUUCCUCUCAAAACCAUCAUUUCCAAAAAUUACUGCUGGAGUCACCUGUAUUACUGGCUUAAAUCUGUAGUAAUUAGUUACUGAAGGCUGUGAUACCCUUAAUGAUGUUGGAAGAAAUAUGAUUCUGAUGCACAAUUUUGUAACUAGUAAGAGGAUAAACAGGAUAAAGAAAAACUAAUGGCUUUAACUGGCAGUCACACAGUUACCCAGGUAGUUGUACCAUCCUGUGAAAAUAAGUUGCCUCUGGUGGGCAGAUGCAACUCCAAUUCAGGACCAUCAAACAUAAAACCUCAGAACUGUAAUACAGCACAGCAUGUUCUUCCUGCAACUGUCUGCCUGGGUACAAAGAGAAACAGGAGAAAAGAGGGUACAGUGGGAAGAUAAAUCUGUGAUCUGCCUAGAAAGGGACUGAUGGGUCAGUCAGAACUGCCUGGCUAGUCUUCUCUGAUGCAGUGCUAAUGAAACUUUACAGUAGCAUACCUGGGCCAAGUAAAGGGAGCAAAGUUGUGUAUCCCCAUAUGCUGGAAAAAUUCCACCCUGUUUGUACAUAGGGGUUUUUUUCUCCUAUCAUGUUAUUCUUUGAUUUGAGGUCCACUAAACUAUGUUUUCCAGGGCUGGGUCACUUUCUAUAAUAAUUAGCAUUAACUGCUGUUCAUUUUGCUUUGUGUCAAAUGAUACCCCUAGAAUCAGUUGUGUUGUUAAGUAUGCAUGUUCUCUCUUUACAAAUAAGCAUAGAUCUAGAUUUUGAUUGUAACACAGAUGGUACUCAGUGUUCUGGCCCAUGGCAUUGGCAGAAUAUCCUCCCUCAUACUCAAGCUUAUAAAUACCUGCACGAAAGGUAAGACAGCUGCCCUAUCUUUCUCUCCUUAAUCAUGGCUGGUUCACAGAUGGCACCAAGCAUGGAAGGAAAUUCUAUCACAGCUGCACCUCUUACAAUUAGCAGACUCUAGAUACAGGUUCCAUGUGUGCAGAAGCCAUUUCUCUGCUGUGCCAUUAAAAAAAAAUAAAAAAACAGGUCAACACAUAUGUGACUUGCUUAUUUCAACUUUUCAGGUCACUGAAUAAAAGAACACUCAAACUGAGGUUCUUCAGGUGCCCCAGAGCCUGUCUGGCUCUCAAGAACAAAUAUUUUCUUAAAGGAAAAGCAAUACAUUUCUAAAAGACAAAAUAAAAAAGGAUUGAGAAUAGCACAAUAUUAGCUAAGUGAUUCAAUGCUGAUGUUUUCAUGCACUCAUUAUCGAAAAGCGUAUCAGCUGCACAUGUUAGUACUGCCAGAGCAGUAAAACCUGACAGAAACGUCUCUCAAGAGAUUAAAGGAUUGACCAUUGGCAGCAUUUUCCUGCCAUAAACCAAUUUAAUUACAUUAUUCUUUAAAUUGCUGACUUGGUAUGACUAGCUUAUUCGUGUCAUAAAAGCAAAUGAGCAGAGCCCAAGGACAAAGUAUUGCUUUGCUUCUGGUUUUGCUUGUAAUCAUUCUUUGAUCAAAGAAUAUCACUGUUAAGGUCCUGCCAGGGCCUAGCAUGAGGAAGUGGGUUUACAUGAGUUACUGCCAGACAAUAUCAAUACAGGCACUCUUAGGCUGUUGUGCCAAAGCAAGCUGUCAUUGGAAGUCUAAUAAAAUUGGUUUGGUACAAAAGAACACAGAGCCUAGCAAUCUAGACAACUUUUAUUUUCAUGGGUCAAGCUACCAGCCUAGAACACAAAGGAAAAAAUGCAAAGAUACCCUUAACUCUAGACCAGCUGAGAAUCAGAAGUCUUUUUUUCAUCAUAUUAUUUUUAAGAAUGGCACCAAAGGAUACCUAAGCAAAGAAACUUGGCUAUGCAUGAGGGGGGUUAAGCUUUAAGACUUAUACUAGGAAGAAACUAUUGACCAGAAGAAACCAUAGGAACAGUUUUCUGUUUCAGUUUCAUUGGCAGAGCUGGCUCACAAUCAAGUUGUUGUGUUGGACAACGUCAAGCACAGCAGGGAAACAGCUUACAGUGCUACGAUGUAGGGAUGCUGGACUGUACAUUUUUUCUAAGGAGUAUGUAAAAGGUAGCUAAAAAAGCAAGCCUUUUUCUGGCACAUUUAUGUUUGCUAUACUGCAUUAUACCGAGAUUAAGGUUAUGAUGACUGAAAAUGCUAAAAACUGCUGAUUCUCUUCUCUCCUACCAGGAAUUAGGUACCAUGACUUGGAGAGGAGCUGGGGAUGGGCUUGUAAUUCCAACUAGGUUAAUACUAAUGUUGAAAUAAAAUCAUUAUAUGCCUUUUAGGAAAUGUUAUAUCCAUCGUGUAGAUUGACUAUAUUUUUGUUCACUGCAGUGCCUUGUAUAAAUCAUGUAUCCAACAAACUUUAGUACUGCUACAUAAGAAUAGGAAAGGGUUCUUAACUUGUGGACUGUGUGGGUCCCAUGAAGCUGGGCAAAGAGUUGGGAGUCUUAACCUCAAACUCUCCUGCUGACUAGUGCAGCAUGACCAGAAUGUGUGGUUUAAGUGUCAAGAUGGCUGUAUUUACUGGCACUGGUAACUAACAACCUGGGAGCUGUCCAGUCCAUGAAAGAUGCCUUGGGUUCCCCUGUAACCACGAAUAUUCCUGUAUCAUAUGACCUAGAGACAAAUGUGUGCUUUUGGUUGGAAAA